AUGAGCGCAUCGAACAGCAGCGACUGUGUGUCCGCUGUCUCCUCGUCUGCUCAGCCUGCCACGUUCGCCGCAGACGUCUUGGAAAGCUCUGAAACCUCAAUGGCGCACAAAGUCCGACGGCAUCAAAGCCACUUGUCAGACAACGCGAUCGCUUCUGCGGCGGUUGACGAGUCUGUCGAGCGCAGAUCAGACGAGAGAGGAGGACCGACGAGUAUCGAGCAGCUAAAGCUGCGGAUACUGGCGAGAAGUGAUCAUUAUGUGGUACUGAACAAGGGACCGGACGAGAGGAUGGACGGCGCCUUUGAUGUGACGUUGGAAAAGGCGCUCGCGCGAGACUUUCCAGAGGUGGAAAAGUUUCGGUGGAUCCACCAACUGGACUUUGCAACAUCGGGUGUACUGAUAGUCGGUACAUCGAAAGCAGCUACUGCAACAUGCUGUCGACUUUUCCGAGAGAAGCAAGUGCAAAAGGAGUAUUUGGCAGUGGUGCGUGGCCAUCUCCCCUCUAAUCCGCUGGACAGUGCGGACAGGGCCGGAGCGCCUGCCAAAGCCUGCACAUUUUCGAAGCUGGGCUUGUUGAUUCAAGACAUGGAGGAAAUGGAGAGACUUAGAAAUCAGCAGCGUGGCUCGCGGGUGCAUCAGAAAAUGUCGGGGUAUCCACGUGGAGCCCGCAAUGGACCUAAUCUGUUCACGAUGGAGCAGGCUCGGCUCUUACGCGAAAGUCGGCGAGGAGACGGCACGCGAGCUUGUGCUCGUGAACUGACCCCGGCAGAGCUAGCUUUCACAACGAUGGCAUGGCUUGACCUAUCAAACGAGGAGAAGGAUGCGUACACCGAGAAGGCCAAGACAGAUAAGCAGCGUUUUCUAUGCGAGCUCAACGAGUUUUUCAGCAAGGAGAAAGUCCGACUCGCUCACCAGCGUGCGUAUGGUUGUCGUGAAAACACUGACACAGCGGACGAGCCUGUCGCUUACGUUUUCGACGCGCCGAUUGUUGAGCCACAUCAAAGUCGUAAGGUCUUUUGCAUGCAGGUUGGCACUGAGGCCAACACGUCCGCUAAGCAGUCCACUACGGUUGCUUUUGUCUUGGGCCAUGCAACGUACAGGGGUCAGCCAGUUACAAAGGUGCUGUUGCGUCCGCUCAAUGGCCGUCGGCACCAGUUGCGACUGCACCUCGCGCAUCAUGGCUUCCCGAUCGCUGGGGAUGUCACCUACGGCUCACAAGAUGAUGAGGCACCGCGAAUGAUGCUCCACGCUUGGAGAAUUUGGCUACGCGGAUGCCCGGCAGAGAAGAAAGAGUACGGUGACCUGUAUUUUGCAAGUCCAGAUCCGUUCGAAUCCAUCGUGCCAAGCGAACGUGAAGUCAGUACGAUAACGUACUUCAAGCACAAGAAAGGUGAAAAGUGCGACGCGCGGACCAACGCAGUGGAAAGUGCCGAGCCCUCCGAAAGACGAAUGGCAGCCAUGGCGGGUACAACACACGUGCUUGUGGCCAUGUGCUUUUUCUUUGGCGUGCAGCACAUUGGCGGCUUUGACGGUAUUUGCCAGCAUCGAAGAGCGAGUAUGUUGAAUGCACAGCAGCCGAUGCUCGAGUAG